AAACAAUACCCGAGACAUUUUUAUUAACCUAAAAAAUAAUUAUUUUUUACUUUUAUUUCAUUUAAUAUCAAUAUUAUGGGUAUACAAGGAUUAGGUCGUUUUUUAUCUGAAAUGGCACCGGAAUGUAUACGUCAACAAGAUGUAAAAUCAUUUUUGGGCCAAAUUAUAGUUAUCGAUGCUUCAAUGUCACUGUAUCAAUUUAUGAUAGCAAUAAGGGAUGCUGAAGGCUUUGGAUCUCUAACAAAUGAAUUAGGGGAAGAAACAAGCCAUAUAUCUGGGUUUUUAUCGCGCUGUACACGUUUACUUGAAAAUGGAAUUAAACCAGUGUAUGUAUUUGAUGGAAAACCAACCCAGUUAAAAUUAGAUGAGUUAAAUAGGAGACAAGAGCGACGCGUGAAAGCCGAAGGUGACCUGGAGGCUGCACGGGAUACUGGUGAUGCUCAAGCUAUUCGAAAGUAUGCAGGGCGAACUGUUCGGAUUACGCCUCAACAUAAUUCGGAUGUCAAACAACUUUUAGAAUUAUUAGGUGUACCGACUGUUGAUGCUCCCACUGAGGCCGAAGCGCAAUGUGCAACUAUCGUUGCGAAAGGUUUCGCGUUUGCCACGGCAACAGAAGAUGCAGAUGCUUUAACGUUUGGAAGUUCAAAAGUCAUACGACAUUUAAAUUUUUCAGAGCAAUAUGCUAAAACAAAGCCAAUUCUUGUUUUUUCAUUAAACAUUUUGUUAGAGAAACUACAGUUGACUAUGGCAGAAUUCGUUGAUUUUUGUAUUUUAUGUGGGUGCGAUUAUUGCAAUCGGUUAAAAGGUAUCGGUCCGCAUACCGCAUAUAAACUUAUUAAAAAACAUUCAACAAUUGAAGUAAUUUUGAAAGAGUUAGGUAAAACAUCAGUUGAAAUUGAAAAUUAUCCUUAUAAACAAGCUCGAGAGUUUUUCGUAAAUCCUGAGGUCAUUGAUCCAGAAUUGCUGCCCAAAUUUUCCUGGAAAAAUCCACAAGAAGAUAAACUUCGUGAUUUUCUUAUUAAUCGGCAUAACUUUAACACAAAAAGAGUAGCAAGUUAUUUACAACGCUUAAAUGAUGCAAGGGGGAAAUUUUCUCAAAGAAGACUUGAUUCCUUUUUUUCGAUUGCGGUCAAACAACCUCUAGUGAAAAAAUUACCCGUUAAAGAAGAGAGUUGUACAAAAAAAAAGAGAACUGCAGGAACUUCCUUUUUAAAAAGUAUAAGGAAAUUGAAGAAGUGAUUGCAACUGAAAAGUUGUAAUUCACA